AUGGCGGCAAUGGCUGACCCCCUUGGUCCCGAUGUUAUUGCGGCUUCAUCACCAUCUAUACCUGUGAUCGAGGCCGAGUUGGACUCCGAUAUCUCAGCGUCCGAAGGCUGCAGAACCCCACCUCUCUGCAAGCCACUACGGGCUUUUUUCCCCAUAGGAAAGACUGGAGACGGCCGCGAAUUAUACUCACUGCGCACUCUCGAGGCUGUGGGCUAUCCAAGCAACAACUCUUCGACUUCUUCUCUCACAGGUCCCAACAUCGUCUACCAACUCAAGCCACAAUCAGGUUCGAGCCGACCAUCAACGAAGGACGAAUCAUCCUCCUUGCCUCAAAAGAAAGGGUCUCAAUUCUACCGUUGGCUACGAUGGGGCUUUGGAUCAGUCUAUCGUAGAAUCUUUACUCUUGCUUACCUCGCCAAUCUGGUCGCUCUGGCUAUCCUUGUUGCUCACACCGGUCUUGGCCUAGGAUCCCCACUCACUUAUUCAACCUGUGCCACUGCCGUGUCUGCCAACAUCCUAGCCUCACUACUGGUGCGAAACGAGCAUGUCGUCAACGCCAUGUUCAUCGUUUUCGGUAGUUGGCCUAGGCAGGCGCCCCUUUCACUUCGACGAGUGUUUGCAAAGGUUUACUCCUAUGGUGGUAUUCACAGUGGCUGCGGUGUCUCCGCGACGUUUUGGUACAUCGCCUAUCUGGUGAUGCUCACCCAGGCAUUCACUGGCCAGAAUAUUCCACUUCUUCGGGCAUACACGCUGCUGGUCAGCUACCUCAUUGUAUUCCUUCUCGUUACUAUUCUCGUCUUCGCCCAUCCACGGGUGCGGGUUCUCAUUCACAAUUGGUUCGAAGGUAUCCAUCGAUACCUUGGCUGGUCCGUCGUCGUUCUCUUCUGGGCCCAGACAAUGAUGUUAGCGGCCGAGACUGCUACCAUCCGACACAUUCCCAUGGCAGUAUCUUUGGUCAUCUCCCCAUCAUUCUGGAUGCUCAUCAUCACCACCCUUCUGGUCAUCUACCCCUGGACCCACCUUCGCCUGAGGGACGUCGAGGCCGAGCCACUUUCUGAUCAUGUCAUCAAGCUCAACUUCAGCCACGCGGACGCUCAAUACGGUCAGGCUGUCCGACUCUCUGACGCUCCUCUCAAGGAGACGCACGCUUUCGCCGUGAUUCCCAACCCGAAAUCCCAACCCACGUCUGACACGCUCCCGAAUUCGGAUUUGUCAACUUCGUCCACUCUCGAAAAGCCCCCUUUCCUCAAAUCCGGCAAAGGCUUCAGCGUUUUAAUCUCUAACGCAGGUGACUGGACAAAUAAGAUCAUCCACAAUCCGCCCAAGAAAAUGUGGAUUCGCGGUCUACCUCAAUACGGCGUCCUGCGCGUAGCUGGCCUCUUCGAUCCGGUCAUCAUCGUUGCCACCGGUUCCGGCAUUGGCCCCUGCCUCUCUUUCUUCGUGCAAAAGCCAGACCACCCGGUCCGCAUCAUCUGGAGCACGCCGAACCCCGUCGAGACGUAUGGCCAGGCCGUCGUCGACUUGAUCUUCAAGACGGACCCAAGAGCUAUCAUCCACGAUACGCGCAAACUCGGGAGGCCCGACCUGGUCGCGAUGACGCAUCUGGUGUGGGAGGCGAGUAGGUGGGAGGGGGCGCGCGGUUAUGCGCUUGGCGAAGAGAUGAGUAGCAGGAGGAACCCCCCCGGCCAGUGUGAGGCGGUCGUCAUUAUUUCUAAUCAGAAGGUUACAAAGAAGGUGGUAUAUGGGCUUGAGAGUAGAGGGAUUCCUGCUUAUGGGGCGAUUUUCGAUUCUUGA